AUGUCAAAUGAACAAGAUUAUAAUAAUAACAAUAAUUCACAUUAUUUCCAUCAUGGUUCAGCAAUAAUAAACUCAAACAAUGAGGAUGAUUUAACAGAUAGCGUCAGAUCUAAUAAUCCGUUGUUAGUCGGUGUUGGUUAUGAAAAUGAUACAAUCGAACAUAAUAGUAAUAGUAAUAGAAAUUCAAGUUAUUAUACACAAUAUCACAACCUUAAUCAUAAUUAUCAACAUAAUAACGAAACUGGUGGAUAUGAAGAAGAGGAAUUUGAAGAACAAGAAUUAAAUAUGCAAGACUUAGAAAACGAUAAUAAUAAUAUUUACAAUAAUACACAUAAUGACUAUAAUAAUAAUUAUAAUAAUAAUAAUAAUAAUUUAACAGAAUCAUCACAAAUUUUUACAUCAGUACCAUUAAAUUCACUCCCAUCAUCACCUUUUCACGUCGAUAAAACUCAAAAGCCACCUAAAAAGAAGGAAGACUCCUACGAAAACGAACAAUCAAAUAAUAAAAAUAUAAAUAGCUAUAAUAAUUAUAGUAAUAAUCAUAAUAAUAAUAAUCAUAAUAAUAAAAAUAAAAUUAACAGCAACGAAGAAGAUAAUGAAAAUAGUUUUGUUAAUAAGGUUAAAAAUAAUAUCUUUAUUCACGAACAACAUCAAUCCCAAGUUCCAGAUCAAUAUUUAGAAAUUUUAAAAGCAUCGCAUAGUGCAGUUCAAAGGAAGAAAAGAAAUGCAAUUGCCUUAAGAGUCGGUAGAGAAUGGUUAACAUAUAUAAUAACGGUUCAAACCAUAGGCAAUCUUAUAAGAGCUUUGCCAAUUUUUGUUUUAGAAAAAUAUUAUGUUAUGUUAUUAAUAUUUUUUCAAGCAUUAUUUUUAGUAAUUGGUUCAUAUGGUGUUAAAAAACUAAAACCAUAUUUAAUUUUAUUAUAUGUAAUUGGAUGUUUUGGGACAACUAUACUGGAUUUAAUCAUGACUUUUACAUAUGCACACACUCAAAGUUCAAGACCUUUUACAGAAGCUCAGUUAGCAUUUUGGAGUUAUGUUUUGUUUGUCUCAUUACUCUGUAUAUUAAAUAUUAUUGGUGGUUUAUUACUGGGACUAAAGUUAUUUGUAUCGGUUGUUACUAUUCAAGAUUCUAAUAAUUCAUUGGUAUUGUUUACAGCUUCGUUUGUUGGUGGUUUCGAUACUAGAGACGAAGAAGAUAAAGUAGUCAGUAAUAAAUCAAAUCGUUGUAUAUUCUUUUAUGGUAGUGAUGUUAAGAAAGCAUUGGCUACCACAUCAUCCAUCAGUAAAAGUUUAUCACCAUUCGAAACAUUCAAGAUGUCAAUUAAAAGUUUUUAUCAAAAGUCUAAAGAGUCAUUCAGUCCAAGUAGUACUGCAGUAGUCGCCACUAAAGAUAGUUCACAAAAUUUCGUUAUGAAAUCCAAUCAAGUUAUUACAAGUAAAUAUAAUGUGGUGACUUUUAUCCCAAAGGUUAUAAUUUAUCAAUUCUCUCGUUUGGCUAAUCUUUAUACACUUGCUAUUGUCAUUCUCUGUAUGUUUUCAUUUUCCCCAGUUGGCCCAGUAUCCAGUUUUACUCCAUUACUCGUCGUUAUUGCAACUACAGCAUCUAAAGAAUUCCUUGAAGAUUUGAAGCGUCACAAACAAGAUAGGGAGAUAAAUGGUCGUGAAGCUUGUAUUUAUAGACCACCAUAUUACUCACCAGAUAUUAACGAGCAAUCAAAUGGUCAUUCUAGUUUUUCAAAUAAGUUGGAUUUUCUUGGUAUUUUAGAGUUUUUUGGUUUAGUUAAAAAGAAUGGUAGUUCUAAUGAAUCUUCUGCAUCUUUUAUCAAUAAAUCUGAUGUUGGUAUUUUUCAAAAGAGUUGUUGGCAAGAUAUUAAGGUUGGCGAUAUCGUCUAUGUAAAAAAUGGUGAACUUUUACCAGCGGAUAUUAUAUGUUUAUCAACCUCAAGACCUGAUGGUAGAAGUUAUUUAGAAACAGCAAAUUUAGAUGGUGAAACAAAUCUUAAAGCAAAGUCAUGUGUUAGCAAGUGCCAAUGGAUUAAAACUCCACAAGAUUUAGACGAUUUCAGUUGUAAAGUAGAUUAUGAAGGACCAAACAAUGACAUUUAUUCAUUUAGUGGUGUUCUAACUAUAUUAAAAGGAUUUGAGCGUUCAAACAUAGAUUCAUCGGUUGUAGAAUCUACAAAUUUUUCACCAAUUUCUAUUGAUCAAUUGUUACUUCGUGGUACUAAAUUAAGAAAUACUGACUGGAUUAUUGGUAUAGUUACUUAUUCAGGUGUAGACACAAAGAUUGAAAAGAAUUCAUCAAAAGCAAGUCAAAAGAGAAGCUCUGUUGAGAGAAGUGUAAAUAAUAAGCUUUUAAUCCUCUUCCUUCUUCAAACCAUUAUUUGUAUAGUUUGUUCAAUUGGUCAUAAUAGAUGGCAUUUAGAAGAUGAUUCAGAGGCCAAACCAUGGUAUAUUCAUUACGAUCCAAAUCAAGGUCAAGAUUUUAUUUAUGUCAGUUAUGUAAUUCUUUACAACACUUUAAUUCCGCUAUCAAUGUAUGUCAGUAUGGAAAUUAUUAGGGUUUCAAACGCUCAUUUUAUCGAUAGUGAUUUGGAGUUAUAUGAUGAAGCAUCCGAUACCCCAGCAGCUUGUAGAAAUACAAAUAUCAAUGAAGAGUUGGGUCAAAUUCAAUAUUUAUUUAGUGAUAAAACAGGUACACUUACAUGCAAUGAAAUGGUUUUCAAUCGUUGUUCAAUUGGCGGUGAGGUUUAUGGCCCAGAAGAUCCAUCAUUGGAUAGAUUACGUACAUUGGUUAAAAAUGAUUUAAAUAGUAGUACUGGUAUAGAGCAACCAGUUGCUCAGUCCCCAAUGAAGCAUUCUACAGCAUUAUUAUCAAGUCAAGCAAUACCCCUAUUGGCAAGUAGAGGCGAAUAUAUUAAAGAGUUUUUGGUUUGUUUAGCAAUUUGUAAUACAGUAUUGGUAGAGCAACAUCAAGAUAGUGGUGAUUUAAUGAAUGCACCACACCAUAACAAUAUACCAAAAUAUCAAGCUGCCUCACCAGAUGAAGAAUCAUUAACGCUUACUGCCGCUAAAUAUGGCUUCAUUUUAAAAUCAAGAGAAGAUAAAAUCAUCACAGUUUCUAUUCAUGGUAAAGACGAGCAUUAUGAGAUUUUAAAUGUUUUAGAAUUUAAUAGUUAUCGUAAGAGAAUGUCAGUUAUUGUUAGAACUCCCCAAAACCAAAUUAAACUUUAUUGUAAAGGUGCAGAUUCUGUUAUCUUUGACCGUGCCAAAAAGAAUACCGAUCACUGUGUCGGAGUACUUCAAGCUACCGAAAAACAUUUAAGCGAAUUUGCAUGCAAUGGUUUGCGUACUCUUUGUAUGUCUGUUAAAACAUUAGAGCCAGAAGAAUAUUUAGAAUGGAAUAAAGUUUAUCAAGAAGCAUCAAUUUCGUUAACAAAGAAAUCUGAAAAAGUAGAUCAAGCUUGUGAAAUUAUUGAGCGUGAUCUCCUAUUGAUUGGUUCGACAGGUAUUGAAGAUCGUUUACAAGAUCAUGUUCCAGAGACUAUCACAGCACUUAGAGAAGCUGGUAUAAAAGUGUGGGUACUAACUGGUGAUAAACAAGAAACGGCAAUUAGUAUUAGUACAGCAUCCGCUGUUAUUAAUGAAGAUAUGGAAUUAAUUAUAUUAAAUGAAAGUUCAAAACAAUCUCUUAUGAAACGUUUAUUAGAAAUUUCAGAUCAAAAAGGUUUUUCAAAUGAUAUGACCGGUAAAUGGGGUUCAUAUAUAGUUGUAUCAAAGGUUAUGGAAAGUGUAGCCAAAAAGCUUAAAUUGGAACCAUCAGAUGCCCCCAAUCUUUUAAAUAAGAGUACUGGUGAUCAAGUAACUAAGCAUGUUGCCAUUAUUAUUGAUGGUUCAACUUUGGCAUUAGCUUUAGAACCAGACUUACGUUAUUUCUUCCUCCAAGUAGCCAAAACAUGCGAGUCUGUAGUUUGCUGUCGUUGUUCACCAUCUCAAAAAGCUAAGGUUGUAAAUUUAGUAGCAGAGCGUUCCAUAUUGUUUGGUGAUGGCGCUAUUACAUUGUCAAUUGGUGAUGGUGCCAACGAUGUCCCAAUGAUUCAAAAAGCUCACGUUGGUGUUGGUAUUAGUGGUCGUGAAGGUAUGCAAGCAGUUUUAGCUUCGGAUUUUGCAAUUGCUAAUUUCUCAAUGCUUAAACGUUUAAUAUUGGUACAUGGUAAUCGUAACUACAAAAGAAUUACAAAAUUAAUUUUAUAUUCAUUCUCAAAGAAUAUCGCUUUAUCAAUUAGUCAAUUUUGGUUUGGUUUCUUUUCAGGUUUUAGUGGUCAAAUGAUUUAUUUCGACUUUUUAUUCACUCUUUAUAAUGCCCUCUUCACAUCACUACCAGUAAUCUUUUUAGGCACAUUCGAUCAAGAUAUCAAAGAAGAAGAGCUCUUAAAUAAUCCUAGUCUCUAUCGUGUUUGUCAAUCAAAUACACCAUUUUCUACUUUGAAGUUUAUUUGGUGGGUUUUCAUGGGUAUGUGGCAAUCAGCAACCAUCUUCUUUGUAACAUUUUUUGUUAUGAAUACUUCAACUAUCGAAGGUGGAAAAACUCUAGGUCUUUGGUCAAUAGGUACAUCAGCAUAUAUUUAUUUAGUGGUUACUGAAAAUCUUCAAAUUAGUUUUAUUACAAGAUAUUGGACCGGUAGAACUAUUUUUGCUGUUUCUGCUUCAGUUAUCGCUACAUUCCUCUUUGUAAUGUUAUAUAGUGCCAUUGGUCAACAUGUCGAACCAGAUGCAACUCAUGUAAUUUUCGAAUUAUUUAAAUUACCAACUUUUUGGUUUUUAUUAGUAAUGGCACCUUCAAUUGCCUUAUUACCAUUUGUAAUUGUAUCACUUAAUAAUUGGUUAUUUAGUUCAAGUAAUAUUUCAAUCCAACAAGAUAAUUUAACAAAGAAAGGUUUUAAUAUUAUGAUGAAUGAAAUAUAAUAAAUAAUAAAUAAUAAAUAAAUAAGAAAAUAAUAUUAAUAAUCAAUAAUUGCCUUUUAAGGGAUUAAUGCUAUAAUAAAUAUCAUUUUUUGUAUGAUACAAUACAUUAUUAAU